ACUGUUCAUUACUGACUUUCUUUCUUUCUUUUUCUUUACUAUUCUCCCUCUCUCUAAUUCUUUGUCCGUUUGUCUGUGAGACUUAGAGAGAGACAACCCAAGAAAUGGUUUCUGUAAUGUAAACGAAAUGUUUUGAGUUCUUGAAAAAGAAAGAAAAAAUGAUGGAGUGGGAUAACAGUAAUCAAGAAAAUCAUAACCAAAACGGUAACAUUAUGAACACUAAUGCUGCUGCUAGUACUGUUAAUUGUAAUGGAAAUGGGGGAAUGUUGUAUGUCAAAGUUAUGACAGAUGAGCAACUUGAAACUCUGAGGAAGCAGAUUGCUGUUUAUGCUGCCAUUUGUGAGCAGCUUGUUGAGAUGCAUAAGACUCUCUCUGCUCACCAGGAUCUUGCAGGUGGCCGGCUGGGUAAUCUGUACUGUGAUCCAUUAAUGGCUGCAGGUGGACAUAAAAUUACAGCAAGACAGCGGUGGACUCCAACUCCUGUGCAACUUCAAAUUCUAGAACGCAUCUUUGAACAAGGAAAUGGAACUCCAACCAAGCAAAAAAUUAAAGAUAUAACAUCUGAGCUCGGUCAGCAUGGACAAAUCUCUGAAACAAAUGUGUAUAAUUGGUUUCAGAAUAGGCGUGCUCGAUCAAAAAGAAAACAACUGGUUUCCUCAUCUAACAAUGCUGAAUCGGAAGUGGAAACCGAAGUUGAUUCCCUGAAUGAGAAGUCAACACAACCAGAAAGAUUUUGCUCCCAACAAAACCAUCCACGAGCUGAAGAUUUAUGCUUUCAGAGCCCUGAGAUAAGCUCUGAACUGCAUUUCUUGGGUGUCUUACCAAAUCAAAAUGGAGCGCCAGGAAGCUAUACUCUUUAUGAUGAUGCAGAGGACUAUGGCAUAGCAUGAUGUCGUCCCAUUCGAUCCCGGUUUUCAUUUUGGUGAUGUUAAUUGUUUGAUGUAAGUAUAUCCUGAUUAGGAGCCAUGGCUUCCCAAGAUAGAUGGCGUUCUACGACAGAAUGUGUCCCGCUCUAUGACUGGGUAGACCAUGUCAAAUGUAGCAGAGUUGGUUAUAUAAUUUUGGUGAUGAUUUUUGUGUAAUGAACACACUUGAACUGCUGUAAAAUCUUUUAUCAUCUGAGUUGUGUUUAAUAGAUUUAUCAA